AUGUAAAAUAACAAUAGAAUGAUCUGGAGGAAAAUUGAUCCAUCAGGAAAAUAGCCAGGAGACAGGGCAGCGCAUUCUUGUGAUCUAAUUAUGGGGAAACUAUUUAUAUUUGGGGGAUGGAAUGGAAUGAAUGCCCUUGCUGACAUUCACAUUUAUGAUCUGAAUUUAAAUUAAUGGUCAGAAUUAUAAACAAAUGGAGAACUCCCUUCUUAUAGAAAUAAUCACACAACAGCAGUUUAUCAAACAAAGUUGUAUGUUCAUGGAGGACAUAAUGGAAAUACAUGGCUAGAUGAUCUUUAUUAUUUAGAAACAUAAGGAUAACAUGGUUAGGCUAGUUGGUACAAAGUACAUCCACAAGGUUAGAUACCUACUGCUAGGGCUUGUCAUUCUUUGAAUAUAGUUUAAAAAAAACUUUACUUAUUUGGAGGUUAUGAUGGUUAAGAAUGUUUUAAUGAGAUAGAAAUAUAUGAUAUUUAAGAAAAUAGAUGGAUAUAACCAAUCGUUAGUGGAACAAUUCCUACUGCCAGAAAUGCACACACAAUGACCAGGUAACUAAAUAAUUAUAGUAGAUAUAAGGAAAAUUUGUAUUUGUUUGGUGGCCAUUCUGGAGCAUAACAUUUAUAGGAUCUACAUGUGUUCAAAACUAAUAAAAUGGAAUGGACUUAAGUUAUUACUAAAGGAAAUUUACCUAAAGGAUUAAGAGGACAUACAGCUAAUUUAAUUUAAAAUAAUAUUUAUGUAUUUGGUGGAUAUGAUGGUUCAGGUAGAUCGAAUGAUCUUUUUAUUUUUAAUUUUUAAACAUAUUAGUGGGUCAUUCCCAAUCAUCAUGGAACUGGAACUUAUUUAUAAAUGGAGGAAGUAGCAUUGUCUUAGAUUCCCUAACCAAGACAGAGACAUUCAGCAACUGCCACAGGUAUUAAUUAUUAUUGAAUUAUUAGAAAAUGAUUUGAUCUAUAUCUUUGGUGGAUUUGAUGGUAACAAAUGGUUAAAUGAUCUCUAUGUUCUUGAUGUGGGAUUGUUAGAAAAUCGUACUAUAUAAGAAGAAAAUUAUUAAAGAGUUAUUUCAAACAUUCAUAAAAAUCUAUUUAAUAAUUAAGAACUUAGCGACAUAGCAUUUUUAAUUUGUAAUUAGAAGAUUUAUGCACAUAAAAGUAAUAAAAGUUAUAAUGAUUUUUAGUUUAUUUGGCUGCUCAAUCUCCAUAAUUCAAAGCUCUCUUUUUCUCUGAUACAAAAGAAAGCGAGUAACAAAUAUUUGUCAUAGAUAAUUACACUUACAAAUCCUUUUAUAUUUUUCUACUCUUUGUUUACACUGGAUUUAUUAAUGUUGCUGAAUUGGAUAUUGAAUUAAUGGGGGAGAUUUUAAGUAUUAUUUUAUAUAUAUAUAAUAGGUUUGGCUGAUCAAUAUCUAAUUGAUGGCCUUAAGAAUCUUAUGCAAAAAAGUAUAAAAAAAUAUAUAAAUAAUGAAACAGUUUGUGAUUUAUUAAUCUUUGCAUAAAAAUGCUCAGCUCAUUCACUUAAAAAUGCUUGUAUGAAUCAUUUACUCAAAAAUAUAAAUAUUAUAUCUGAAUCUCCACAAUAUGAAAAACUAGAAUUGCAACCCUCCUUACUAACUGAAAUAACAAGAGCAUUACUAUAACAUAAAGAAUGA